UUUCGUUUGGUAAAUACAAACUGAAAUCAAUUGAGUUCGGUAAAUACGUGCUGAACACGCUGUGGUUCGGUAAAUACCACCCGAAGUGACGUGAGAUACAGUUUUAAACACAAAACAUCUCAUUAGUUACGAAAAACACAAGUGUUGAGGGUGGAAGGGCGAUUCUUGAGGGUUUAGGGUCGCAAAUUCGAAGGCCUAAAAGAAUAACAAGGUGAAAUUCGUUCACAACAAAUCAUUCAUCACCAACGGACUACAAGGGUUUGGAUUGCGUUUUUGGAUUCUUUCACUUCAACAAGAAUGACAGAUGAUGUUGGGCAAACAAGAGGUGGAAGGGAAAGUAGAGCACAUGGCUCUGCAUGUAGAGAGGCUGUGAAGGUACAUAGAAUCCCAAGACAAAGUAAGGGGAAAGGAGUUGUUGGACAGGCUGAAGCUCAACAUGAGCCUGAAUCUGAAGAUGAGAAUGUGGAGGAACAAGAGUUUGAGGAUGAGCACGAAGUGGACUUCGAACAAGAGGCGCCUGAACACGAAGAUGAGUUGGAAGUCGAAGAUGAGAUGGAAGUUGCUGAUGAUGUGGAAGACGAGAUGGAAGUUGCUGACGAACAAACACCACCACCACCAAAAAAAAAAAAUCACGUAAAAAGAAUCCGAGAACAACACAGGGAAGAAACCCACCACCUGUAG